AUGUCGCACGCAUACUUUGUACACCAUAGAGUAUGGUUCCGGGUCUGAUAGCUAGAGCGUCACUUCUUCCGCAGGAAGCGGAAGAGCGAUCGGGUGGGCGGCUCUUUGUCGAAGCUAGAGGACCGGCAGGCGGCAGCAGCAACUACGGCGGCGGCGGCAGAACCCAGCAGUGAUGUGGAGGUGGAGACCCACAGGAGCCCCGGACUUCACCUGAGCUACCUCAGUGGUCACCAAGAGUGGCAAGAUAAAGAAAACCCAGAGUUGGGCGGGACCAGGAUGCCUGACCGGGACAGCUAUGCCAACGGUACCGGGAGCAGCGGUGGAGGCCCUGGAGGUGGUGGCAGCGAGGAGGCCAGUGGGGCAGGGACAGGCAGUGGCGGGGCCAGCUCAGAUGCCAUCUGUAGAGACUUCUUGAGGAAUGUGUGCAAGCGAGGCAAGCGUUGCCGAUAUCGCCACCCAGACAUGAGCGAGGUGUCCAACUUGGGGGUGAGCAAAAACGAGUUCAUCUUCUGCCAUGACUUCCAAAACAAGGAGUGUAGCCGCCCAAAUUGCCGUUUCAUCCAUGGCUCCAAGGAGGAUGAGGAUGGCUAUAAGAAGACAGGAGAGCUUCCCCCACGGCUGAGGCAGAAAGUAGCAGCUGGCCUUGGCCUUUCACCGGCAGACCUACCAAAUGGCAAGGAGGAGGUCCCUAUCUGCCGUGACUUUCUCAAGGGUGACUGUCAGAGAGGAGCCAAGUGCAAGUUCCGUCACCUGCAGCGGGAUUUUGAGUUUGAUGCUCGGGGUGGAGGAGGCACUGGUGGGGGCUCAACAGGCUCAGUCCUCCCAGGACGACGUCAUGACCUCUAUGAUAUCUAUGACCUUCCUGACAGGGGCUUUGAGGACCAUGAGCCAGGCCCAAAACGCCGACGAGGUGGAUGCUGCCCCCCUGAUGGCCCUCAUUUUGAGUCAUAUGAAUAUAGCUUGGCUCCACCGCGAGGGGUGGAGUGCAGACUGCUAGAGGAGGAGAAUGCCAUGCUCAGGAAGCGGGUAGAGGAGUUAAAGAAGCAGGUCAGUAACCUGCUGGCCACCAAUGAGGUAUUACUGGAACAAAAUGCUCAGUUCCGCAAUCAGGCCAAGGUCAUAACCCUGAGCUCCACUGCACCAGCGACUGAGCAGACUCUGGCCCCCACUGUGGGCACUGUCGCUACUUUUAACCAUGGCAUUGCCCAGACUCACACUACUCUCAGCAGCCAGGCUCUACAGCCUCGUCCAGUGUCCCAGCAAGAACUGGUGGCCCCUGCUGGAGCUCCAGCGGCUCCCCCAACUAAUGCUGCACCUCCUGCUGCUCCACCACCCCCACCCCCACACUUGACCCCAGAGAUCACGCCACUGUCAGCUGCCCUGGCUCAAACAAUUGCCCAGGGAAUGGCACCCCCACCUGUCUCCAUGGCUCCUGUGGCUGUAUCUGUGGCUCCUGUGGCCCCUGUGGCUGUAUCGAUGGCCCAACCCUUGGCAGGAAUCACAAUGAGCCACACCACCACUCCCAUGGUGACUUACCCUAUCGCUUCCCAGAGCAUGCGCAUCACGGCCAUGCCACACUGAUGGGGCUAAUGGACACUCCCCUGGUAUAGCCUCCCAGGGCUGGGGUCAAGGGGCCCUUGCCCACUUGCCUAGCCCUCCCCAGCCCUGUCUGAAGGGCUCCCUUGAGAACUAGGACAAGAGACUACAAGGAGUAUGUCCUGAGGAGGGGUUGGGUUGGUGUGUUUUCUCUCACCUCCCUUUUAUGAGGGUCCUCUUGUCCAUCUUCAAGCCUCACAGUGGGGGCUUGCAGAGGAAUGCAGACUGAAGCCAGCAGAGAGGAAGGACUGACUGAAGGGCUGUGUCCUCAUGGGAAUUUGGGAACAUCCCUCGUCUUGUCCUCUCUUCUGCACAGCACAGGUUCCAGCACUGGUUUUGGAAGAAAAAAAUACCCUGCCCAGAGGGAAAGCCAGGAAAGAUUGGGAAGUGGGUGGUUAGGAGAGAAGGCCUGACAAGAGCCUUCAGACAAUUUGGGUCCUAGUUGGUUGGGUUGGACAAUAAAGGAAUUGCUUCUGGGCCCUGGGAAGGCUGGGACCAUAGUGCUCCAGCCCAAAGACUAGGGAAGCAUUCAUUACCCUAGUUUGGCCUGAAAAUCCAUAGGGCAGGGCCCACUACUUUCCAAAGAAAUAAAAGAACAAUUAUUUUUAACAAAUGGAGGCAGUGAAAACUUGCUUAGAUAUUCUGUGUGGAAGAUGGGAGCAGUAAAUAGAUCUCAUGCCAAAAUGGGAUAAAGACCCCAGCCUCACAUAGCUUUGGUAAGAUAGAUAGAAGCCAGUGAAGGGUAGGGACCCAGAACAAGACCAAAUGGGGCUUUGGGGAAGGCACUUUAUGGGGCAAAAGCUUUGGAGCCACCUAGUCUAGUUUAAAAAUAGUCCCAUCUGUUUCUGGUCUCUGUCGGUAUGUGCUAUUCCCAGGUUUCCUUAGUAACUAGGGCUCCUAGGGUCAUUUAGCAGGGCAGGCAGUAAGGAGGGUGUAUUUGCUGAGAAGUGGGGAUGGGAUGUUACAUAGUUGACAGGUCCUUAUUCAAACAGAGCAGGACAGGUGGAGUUGAUGGCAGUUAAUGUCCCUCGUACGCCAGCCCUUCUUCAGUGGCCAGUUCCUUAAGCCUUCAAGGCUUGGGAGGUCUGGGAAAAGAGUCCUAGGGACACAAGGCUCAGGGUCCAUCCCUUUCCUCUGUCUCCACAUAGGACCAGAAGUUUUAAAUCUGCUUAAGUCAGUAAGGCCAGGGGCCCCAAUAGUCAAACCUCAGUUCCUCCUCAGCUCACGGCUGAUGUAAGGAAAACAACUCAGGUGUCUAGUUUAAUGGGACAGUAGAUUUGGAGGUAGAGAGUGAUCCUGGAUUGUGUUCCCCUUCAUUAUAUUUCCUGCUACCUCUUGCUGUCUUGUCUGGUUGAUCACUCAGGUCACAUCUGGGAUUGCAGAUGGUGGGCUAGGUCAAGGCCAGUCAUUAAAAAGCCUAAAGAC